AUGGCCGAGGACCUGCUCGAGGAUGAGUGGGAGCCUCUGGCUUGUGUGCUGCAGAAAUCGCGCAGCUCCGCUUCAUCCUUGCGCAGCCUGGUUUCUUCAAUGCGUACUCUUUAUCGCCGUCACACUGACAAGAGUUUCACGUCUUCAGAUGCCGAAGAUGAGUCGCUCCAGCGCUACAAGCAGUCGCUUGGACUGGGUGGCGGGAAGGAUCUCUCGGACCCGAACGAUCCCCGGGUGUGCAUCAUCCAGUCACUCACCAUGGAAUCCCCCGGCCGUGAUCCUGUUGUUAUCGAUCUCACGACCCCUGGUAGUCUCGACACCCUCAAGAAGAACCCCUUCAAAAUCAAGGAGGGCGCGACCUUCACAAUGAGCGCCACGUUCAAAGUCCAGCACGAGAUUCUCAGCGGUCUGCACUACGUCCAGGUUAUCAAGCGUAGUGGCAUUCGUAUCCCGCACGGCAAGACGGACGAGAUGAUUGGCAGCUACGCUCCAAAUACCGACAAGCAGCCUGUCUACACCAAGAAAUUCCAAGAAGAGACAGCACCGACCGGGUGGACUGUUCGCGGCACGUACACCGUUAGCUCCAGUUUUGUGGACGAUGACAAGAAGACACAUCUGCAGUUUGACUGGGCCUUUGAGAUUACGAAGGACUGGUAA